AUGGCCUCAGGUCUUCAGCUGAUCGCGCUCCUCUGUUUGACUGGCAGUCUCCUGGUUGAAAAUGCAUAUGGGAAAGAUUCAGGUCCCUGUAAAGUUUGCCCUCCUGGUUGGGCCCAGUUCGAGCACCUCUGCUACAUGUUCAACCACAAUAAAAUGGACUGGGCCGAUGCAGAGCGUUUCUGCACAACCGUUGGUGGAAAUUUGGCCUCCAUUCAUUCAAAAGCUGAAUUCGACCACAUUGAAAAUAUGCUCCUGAAAAUGACUGGCAAACACAUGAACAUUUGGCUUGGAGGAUAUGAUGCAGUAAAGGAGGGUGUGUGGCUGUGGAGUGAUGGCUCCCACUUUGACUUCAAAUUCUGGAGCAAAGGGCAGCCAAGCAAUUACCGAGGAAUGGAGCACUGCAUGGAGAUGAACUUCUUGGAGCGUGUGAAUACCAAUGAUAACACCUGCAAUGGAAAGAAAUCUUUCUUCUGCUUAAUGCAUCUGUGAAAACCUCGCCGUGUCCU